UCAUGGUCUGGGAUCUAAAGCAGACCUCUCCACCCUGAGACUCUGACUCUCUGUUUAUUCUUUAUGUACAGAAAUCACUAACACAGUUACUAGUACAGACAGUUAAAUGCCAUUCUUAAGAGUCCUUUGCAUUUGCUCAGGAAUCGUUACGUAGCUGUAUUCACUUCAACACUUAAAUGGCACCAAUAGCUGUCAAAUUUCAGAAACAGUGGCUUUGGAAAUAAGCUUUGAAUUGGGUAUUAUUGGUGAUGUUUGCAAAGAGCGAGAUUCUGUUUAGGAUGAGCUUAAAGGCAAAACUGUAGCACUUUCGUCCUGGCAGCUUUACAGCAAAGCUCCAGAAAAACACCAAAGAUAGAUGUCAAUCUGCCCCGUUUCAAGUGUGGUGUCCUGUCUCUUCAGUUCUUUGAGAAGGUUAGAAUGUCUUAAUCGGUUGGACUCAGUGUUUGUGGAUAGGUGGCUGUGUAGAUCUCAUCCUGGGCUUAUGAUUCUGUCUGUGGACACUGUUCUGUGAGAGAGGCCUUCUUCUAUCUAUGCACUUUCGGUUACUACAAAUAAAUAUUAUCAAUAGCAUCCCAUCGUGUCUUUCUUUUUUGUUAAAUGUGUGAAUGGGGAUAUUUGCUGGUGUGGUGGUUAGUCUCUUUCAUAGCUUUUUAAUUAGAAAUGUGUAUUUAUGACUGCGUGCGUCUCAACAUUUCUGCGUCAAACGGAGCACUAAUGCGUUCUUUUGAUGUUACGUCACCGAGACCUCCCAGUCGCUGAUUGGCUGUUUCGCUGUGAUGACGUUUCACGUCAAAAGAAAAGUCCCAAUAAUCAGUUUUGCCAUAUUUAUUCAAACAUAUUUAUUCAAACUAAAGUAGUUUUAAAUAGGAAUAAUAAACCAUUUCGGUCUUCGAACGUUCAUUUGUUCUGUUUAAAUCACGGUCAAAAUAAUAUUUGGAUACAAACGGAGCGCAGUCCAAGUGUUUACGUUGCUGUGUGUGUGUGUGUGAGUGAGUGUGUGUGCGCGUGCGUGUGUACGUGUGCGUGUUCUCUGCGUGAGUUUAUAUAUCGAGGAUAUAAUAGUUUUAUUCAUUCGGGAACAAGGCUCCUCAGUCGGAGAAAACUUCGCACAGAAGAACCUUUAACUGAAGAACUUCUCCGGGAGACGAGAUGUUUCAGAUUAAGAAGAUUUGCUGUAUAGGUGCUGGGUAUGUCGGAGGUCCGACCUGUAGUGUCAUCGCCAGCAUGUGUCCCGAGAUCACAGUCACAGUGGUGGAUGUUAACGAAUCCCGGAUCAAAGCCUGGAACUCCGAGACCCUGCCCAUCUAUGAGCCGGGUCUGAAUGAGGUGGUGAUGUCUUGUCGUGGGAGAAACCUCUUCUUCUCCACAGAUAUCGACUCUGCCAUUAAAGAGGCAGAUCUGGUCUUCAUUUCUGUAAACACCCCAACGAAGACGUACGGUAUGGGCAAAGGUCGUGCUGCUGACUUGAAGUUUAUCGAGGCAUGUGCACGGCGGAUUGUGGAGGUGUCGGAUGGGUAUAAAAUCGUUACAGAGAAGAGCACGGUGCCGGUCCGUGCCGCUGAGAGCAUCCGCAGGAUAUUUGAAGCAAACACCAAACCCAGCCUCAGCUUACAGGUUCUCUCUAACCCAGAGUUCCUUGCGGAGGGUACGGCAGUGAAGGACCUGAAGGACCCCGAUCGCGUCCUGAUUGGUGGAGAUGAGACUCCAGAGGGUCAAAGGGCCAUCAGCGCCCUCUGUGCAGUUUAUGAGCACUGGGUCCCCAAAUCACGUAUAAUCACCACCAACACCUGGUCCUCCGAGCUUUCCAAACUGGCAGCGAAUGCGUUCCUGGCGCAGCGCAUCAGCAGUAUAAACUCCAUCUCUGCUCUGUGUGAAUCCACUGGUGCUGAUGUCGAGGAAGUGGCCAGAGCCGUCGGCACGGAUCAGCGCAUUGGCAGCAAGUUCCUCAAAGCCAGCGUGGGUUUUGGAGGAAGUUGUUUUCAGAAGGAUGUGCUGAAUUUGGUGUAUCUGUGUGAGGCACUGAGUCUCCCAGAGGUUGCUUCGUACUGGCAACAGGUGAUUGACAUGAACGAGUAUCAGAGAAAGAGAUUUGCCUGUCGGAUCAUUGACUGCCUGUUCAACACCGUUACAGGGAAGAAAAUCGCCUUGCUACUUCAAUAAUUAAACAAGAAAAAACAAGAAAACGCAGAGUCCUCCAGUAUCUACAUCUCUAAGUAUCUGAUGGAUGAAGGAGCUAAGUUGCAUAUUUACGACCCUAAAGUGCUGAAGGAGCAGAUAAUCCAGGACCUGUCUCAACCCAGCAUCUCCGGAGACAACCCCGAGAGAGUGUCUGAUCUUGUAACGGUGUCGUCAGACCCCUAUGAGGCGUGUGGAAGUGCACACGCCCUGGUCAUCUGCACGGAGUGGGACAUGUUUAAGGAAUUGAACUACGAGAAAAUCUAUCACAAGAUGUUGAAACCAGCGUUUAUCUUUGAUGGUCGGCGAGUUCUGGACCAUCUGCACCCUCAGCUACAGAACCUUGGCUUCCAGAUUGAGACCAUUGGAAAGAAAGUAACGACCCGAAUCCCCUUCACACCAUCCGGAGGAGGAGGAGGUCCACGACUCAAUGAACCACCCAUCAAGAAAACCAAAGUUUAAGACACAGACUCACUCACACACACGCACACGCACACACACAUGCAUUAAAGUCUUCUUAUGACAAAAAAAA